AUGCUCGCCGAGCCUCUUUCUCAGCUGCGCGGGGCUUCCUUCCCUGGAUCGGGUUUCCUCGGAGCAGCGAGACCGGGGCGCCCGCGAGCAUGUGCAGAGGGCCGCGGAGAGCGCGGGCGGCCUUUCCCCUGCGCGACUCCGCCUCCGCCCGGGGUGGCUCCCCGUCUCGGGUCCCUCCCCCGACGGCCGGGAGGAGGCGGGCAGUCGCGCUCGGCCGUGCCUGGCUCGGAGGACCAGCCUCCCUCGACGGGGCGCUCGCGGGGAGGAAGGAGCGCGGCGCCGGCGCUGUCGCCGACUGGACGGCCGGCCGGGCUCGCGCAGGGGGAGUCGGCGCUCUGCACGUGCUCCGGGGCCGGCUGGCCGCCGCGGGGAGACUUCACUCACCGCUUUCUGAAGUACGGGCGACGCAGCCUCCGCGAAGGGCUCGGCGCCGUCGGAAGAGCAGCCCUGCGCGGCCCCGAAGCUUGCGCGGCGCCCCUUGCAGCUGCAGCUUCCCGGGAGGAAGAGGAGGGUCUCUGGAUCCCUGGAGGGGAGCUGCCCUGUCCAGGUGAGGGCGCGGGAAUCCCUCAUAGCCGGGCCAUAGCGGAGGGGACCGAUCCACCGGGAGGCUCUGCUGUCUUCCACAGUUCGCCUUCGUUUAAAGGGGAGUCUGCCCUCGGGGUUUCCAUCUCCUCUUUGAGUCCCGCUUGGAUUUUCCACCUGCGGUACCAGCAUCUUGGCCUAGGCCUUCCCAGCCCCCAGACUAAAGCUUUCCAGCAUCCAGAUAUCACUUGGGCACCCUUCCUACGCUUUCUUGCAGGAUCAUUCCCCAGCUGGCCUCUCCCCCUCCUCUUUUGCCCUGUUAGAAUAAAGGCUACUUUAGGAUUUCACUGCCUACCAGCAGGAAGGGCAGAAUUACUACAUGUUUAAAAUUAUGAGGCAUGUCAGCUAACUAAAUUAGGGUAGGUCAGUCUUCAGAUGUUGCCGGACUCCAACUCCCACCAGCCCCAGCUAGCACAGCCAAAGGAGUCCAGCAACAUCUGGUCGCUCCCCCUCCCCCAAGUUGGGGAAGGCUGGUGUGGAUUGGUGCAUAGUUGAGCUAUGGUCCUUCUCCCACGUGAGGCAGUGAUGGGCCCCAGCUUGGAUGACUUUCAAAGGGGUUUAGGCAGAUUUGCUGAGGGCAAGGCUAUCAGCAACUGCUGGCCCAGGUGGCUUUGUUGUGCCUCUCUUAGUAAUGCCAGUGACCAGGAUCCACAAGUGGGAAGAGUUGCUGUUGCCCUCGUGGCCUGUUUGAGCGCUUCCCACAAGCAUCUGGUUGGCCACUGUGAGAGCAGGAUGCUGCACUAGAUGGCCUGACCCAGCAGGCUCUUCCUACAUUCCUACUGUGCCCUGAGGGUCAGACUGUCUCCCCAAAUCCACAAGGAUCAGGCCUUGUGGCAACGCUGCUUUCCUUCAGUGGUCCUCAAGUGCCUCCCAAUGAAUGGAUGCUGUUAAAAACAAACAGUUUUUAUUGAUUUUUCAUUUUAUACAUGAAUGGAUGCUGUUUGGACAUCUCAGCAUUGGGCAAAGUGAGUGGGGAAUCAUGCGCUUGCGCCCAUUAGGCUGUUCUGCUUCUCUGAAAUUUGUCCGUUACAGCCCAUGGAUUUUAGGGGCUUCUGUAAGCCAGGAGCAGCAGGAGGCCGGUGACACUGGAGGAGGAAAAGAAGGAGAGAAGCUUAGGGUGGGUUAGGAUCCUGUACUGUGCAAGAAGGGCUUCUCUCCUCCACACUCUUCAGUGAAUUCACUGGACACAAUCAUCUUUCAUUAUUUGCCCUUCCCUUUAUUUUUUUCUGCUUCUGUCUUAUUUUCUAGUCCUUGGAACCUCUGUAGUUUGUCCUUAGCAAUCAGGAUACUUCUUUCCUUGCGGUGGGCUCAUCUGAGAUCAGAUAGUCCCUAGAAGUUAUUUCUGCAAAUGCUACUACUGCACAAUAAAUGUGGGUGGAUGUGAAAACUUUGCAAAGAGGCUAAGGCAUGACUCCUGCUGUGCAGAAGCGAAAGACCAGGCACUCAUUAAGAAUUCACUGUACAGUAAACUAGUAUACUGCACCUCUCUACUGAGAAGUAAGUCUCCUUGUGUUUAAUGGGGCAGCCUAAGCUUUGGUUUAGGGUUGGCACUGAAGGGAACAGUUUUCGUGCCUUUAACAUAAAUUCAGCUGGUUAAACCUUUUCUAGUAACAAAAUACAGUUAUGGGGAAAGCUCCACCAUGACUCCACUGUCUAAUUUUGUGUUAUGCUUGGCUGCCCUAUGGCAACCAUGUUGUGUUAUGCCAUACACCAAUGACAGCCAUUUUAUGACUGGCGCCCACAGCACAUUCUCAAAAUUUGAAAUGUGCUCCCUGGUCCAAAAAUGUUGGUGAACCCUGAUCUGCCUGGAGACAUGUGGAGCAGCAUCAGCUGACGAUUGGUUUGCUACAAUCAAUGAUAUUUCCCCCAAUAGUCCCAUUCGUAUUUUCUAUUUUUAAAGAUUCUUUUUGGAGUCUCUUGCUCCCCUCAGACCAUUGAAAGGUUUGUCCUCUAUGGCUCUUUCCCUGAUGGCAUGUCUGCUCCUCUGGCCAUUUGUAGAGCCAGGGAUGAUAAGCCAGUGCGUUGGUUCUGGGGUGGUUGAUGUGUCACAGAGUACUUCAGUUUUUGCACAAUGUCUGUUGAUGUCAUCUGGGAUAAGCAGAGAGGUAGACAGUUUAAUGAUGGGCCACACAUCUGCAGCUGGUAGGGAAGGUAAAAUUAAAUUUCUUAAACAACUUUGGGAGCUCUCAGAGAGUCACUAUUUUGGGGUGGGAUUCAAUCAAAUAUUGCCAAAUACAUGCACUAUUAAAUUUGGAGUUAUUGCACAACAAGCUCUAUUCUCUCCCAAAUCAGACUUUUUACAAUAAGGAUAAUGAUGCACUAGAAAGUUUGGGAUAACAUUUUCUUGGCACGACAUUGUCGAACUUUUUCUCAAACAAAUCAGAAUAAACACUCAAUAAAUACCCACAAACUUUGUGCAAAGAAGUUGUCUGGAAGCGACCUUCCUGUUAAGUGUGUUGCUUAAGCGCUGUUCCCACUGUUGACUUGACAGCAGAGGGAGGGAGGCGAAUAAAGAACCAAACAGGUUCAGGUUAGCAGCAUGUUCACCAUCCACACUGUUCAAGUUUUCACUGCUGUUUUUCCACCACUCUAUUCCUGACUUUUCAUGAUGGGCUGCUAGAACCAUCUGCCCACCCUCUUCCCUUGUUGCAACAUCAGCCUAGGACAGCAGGCUUAAAACUCCCUGUCCUUUUUCCUUGUCUGUUGUGGGACUGCUUUGUCCCAUGCUUUGGGGAAACAUCACUCAUUUCAUUCUGAGCAGUAGCUGUAUCGGGAAAGGACUGCCUUAGCUCAGCAGUGCAGAAGGCCCCAGGAUAAAUCCAGGUAGGGCUGGGGGUGUUGCCCUUCUGGAACCCUGGAGAGCUGCUGCCAUGACUGUGCUGCACGGACCAAGUCAUGGCAUCUCAGACAGAAAAAUAUCUUAGGCUGACUCUUGGGCUGUAGACAUCUUGGAUUGAGUGCAAUCUGUAGGAUCUGUGUGUAAUGUGGAGAGCAUCCUUUCUGGUAACGUGAGUGUUGAGGAGGCCGUGCAACUCUGAAUGUUCUUCCCAAUUCUGUUUGGCACAGUAUUGAGCAGGACUCCUUGAUGUUGGUGCCUUCCCAUCUGGGCAACCUCUUGGGUCUUUGACUGUACAACCCCUUACAUGUCUACUCUGCCAGAAGUCUCCUUGGGGAGGAAUUCCAGGGCAGGGCUGAAGCCACUGAAAGAGAGUAAAACUGCCCUUCUCUUCCUAAGGCUUUGGAGGACUGCUAAAGAGUUUGCUGGUGUUAGUCUCCAGCUGCUGACUUUAAGAUUAUGCAUUUUUAUUGUUGCUUUGUUGAGGUUUUUAAUGGCUUACUGGCUUUGUGGUAAGCUUCAGUCUUGAUUCUCAUCUGUGCCAUCCUCUUCAGCCAAACGGUGACAUAAACAUUUGAAAAAUAAAAAAUCAGUAAUAUGUCCAGACUCCUGAGUGGAGAUUGGCCAGGACAUUUCUUUUGUGUGUGUGUCCUGUUUCCCUUUUAAAGUUGCCUGUACUUCUGUGGCUUGUUCUCCUUUUAAUUUAAAUAAUGUUACUACUGUCUUUUAAACCAUUGCUCUUUGUGCUGAUUGUCAGUUUAAAUUUUUGGAGAAUAUGCCAAAUGGUCCUAUUUGAAGCAGGGGGUCUGAGAACAGAGUGAAUUGUAUGGUUUCCUCAUGUUGAUGUCUGUGCACUUGGGAGAAGACAUGGUCCCCAGCCCUAUUUUUGUCUUGCAUCAACUGCAGAGGGAUCUUCUGGUGUUUGCAUACUGUUAGGCUAGAACUUGGAGGCGGCAAGGGGUUGGUUAAAAGUUGAGACUGGAGACUAAAAUGUCUUGGGGCUGCGUGUGGAAAGAACAGGACUCCUGUCUGUUGUGCUGGCUCUGGCAGUAGACGUGGGACUGUUUUGGGUUGGGCACGCUGGGAAAAAGGAAGGAAACUUUAUUUUCCUGAUGUGAUUUUGACACCACCAUUAAUGUCUCUUUUGUCUGAAUAACUCAUAUUGGGUUGAGAUGCAUGUUAUGCAUGCAAAUAAAUGAAUGAAUGAAUAUGUAAGGCUAGGAUUCAGGACAUGUUUGUGUUUGCUUUUCCAUUGUAACCAGAAGCAUUUCUUGUUCAGCUGUGAGGCGAUGAUGAGUGCAGUGAUCUCUAAGGCUAUUUUGCGACACGUAAAACAAGUCCUUGGUUCUUUCUGGAUUUGCUGGUUUACCUGGAGGCUGUGCAGCUGGUCUGGGGAGGGGGCAUUUCAGGUUUCGGGGUGAAUGCAGCUCUCCCAGCCCCCCAACAGGCUCUCAGACACCUUCCUCAGGCCAUGCCCCUCAACGGGACACACUAGUCUCUAGCACUGCUUUGCACCUUCCUUAAGUCAUUUUGCCUGGCUGAAAUGUGUUCUUGAUUUAUGGUAAUACCACUUGCUUGCCUGGACCCAGAGGAGAGAGAGACUUUUGCAUGGCUGGAAUGUGGCCUCUUGCAGGAAAGAAAGAGUUACGUCCAUUGCUAUCUGGUCCUGCCAAAUUGCCCUGAUAUGCAGCUGCCAGAAGGUUCCCCAUAAAGCAAUCCAGCUGGAUAAAAGUUCCCCAUUCCUGCUUCAGAAAAACAGGUUCUGGUAUAUUUUACUUUAUUUCUUCUCCUACGUUACUAUGCUUUUCUGCAAGGAGCUUACAGGUUCCCCACACCCACCCACAGCACCCAUUAUAUCUUCACAACAACCCUGUAAGGUAGGAUAGGCUGAAAAACAGCAACUCACCCAAGAUCACCCACCCACAGAAUUUCACAUGGUUGUGUGUCUUGAGCCCAGUGGGUUUCUCUGGCCUUGGCUCAUCUUCCCUCUCCCUGAUCAUAGAACAAUGUAAGGUGGAAACUUUUGUCCACAUUUGCUUGUGGAAAAGCAGAUAUAGCUAUGUUGUUUCUCCUGGAGUUUUGAUUUCUUUAAUGUAUGCUUGUUUGAUAAGCAACCUUUGAAAUAAACCUCACAUGUGAGAAAGGGCUGCAGUUAAGCCACCUGAUGUUGGAAAAGGCCUGACAUUUUUGGGUCUCAGGAUGGAAAUGUUGGCAGGGUUUGAACUGACCUGUCAUUAUCACAAUGUUAGGGUAGCAGAUGGAAAGGGAAGCAUCUCUUUCAGAACUCCUGUAAAAACGUGCAUAGGGCUUUGGGGAGCAAAUCCUGACCAUCUUUUGUCUGAGGCUGUAGUAUUAAGGAGAAAAGUCUGUGUGUGUGUGUGUGUUGACUUUGAGCAGCAAAAAUUGAGACUUGCAAAUAAUUAAAUUGCUGUGGGUUAGGCUGUCAGGAGCUGCUCCCCUGGCAAGCCCUCUGUUGCUGUUUGUAGUGGAUUUAGACCACGCGGGUGGCGCUACGGGCUUGCUGAUCAGAAGGUCGGAGGUUCGAAUCCCUGCGACAAGUAGAUAAAUAGAUACCGCUCUGGCGGGAAAGUAAACGGCGUUUUCUUACGCUGCUCUGGUUCACCAGAAGCGACUUAGUCAUGCUGGCCACAUGACCUGGAAGCUGCCUGUGGACAACCUCUGGCUCCCUUGGCCAGUAAAGUGAGAUGAGCGCCGCAAUCCCAGAGUUGUCGCAACUGGACCUAACGGUCAGGGGUCCCUUUACCUUUACCUAGGCUGUCAGGAGGUGCUCCCCUGGCAAGCCCUCUGUUGCUGCUUGUCAGGGAAUUGGAGGGCACUUUCUUUCCAUCUUAGUCUAGCAUGAGAAGAAUUGUUCUCCACCUUCCUUAGGGGUUGGGCUGAAAAGGCCACAGAACUAGGCUGAGCUAGUGCAGAAAGUUUAUAAAAACUGGGCACAACAUGCUUGAUUGCAGAAAUGUGUGGCUUGUUGUGGGUGGGGUGUGUGUGUGUGUUGAUUUGCUAACCCAGCAUUAACAUUUAACAUUAAUGUUAAACUUUGACAAGUAGCUGAAACCUUACUACACAUUAGCGUGUUAAAGCGUCAUUCCUUCAAGCUCCGGUGUUUGCUGCAAAAGCAGGGACAGCUGCACCAUCUCCUUGGCUUCUAGAUUCAUUUAAUUAUUGCAAUGUUGGCUUUUUGUGAGCUACUGGAUGUAUACACCUGCACUGUAGAAGAUCCAUCAAGAUCUCCAAGAUCCUGAGACACUCUGGAGGUGUGGGGGAGGGCUGGUCAAGUGGGAGCUCCUGGAGGAUGGCACCAGAAAUAAUGAGUGCAAAGUUUGUUUUUAAUUCACACUUGUACUCUGGCAUGUCCUGUGUGCUGAGAAAUGGGGGCCAGGCUGGGAGGGAGGUCUGGGUGAAUGUAACUCAGAAGGGAAACAAGAAGAAAACUUUGGCUCACCCCUUGCAAAAGGAAAAAAGAAAAAGCUGGUAGUUGUAGUUGGGGAAACUUUUUCUUGUGCCAUUGUUUUGUACCUGUGACCCUUGCCCCCUCCCCUGGACAGCCUGUUCUGUCCAACUUUCACUGUGAGCCACUCUUGGCUGCUUCUCCAUUGUCUCUCCCACAUGGAAGUGAUGUCAGAGCACAGAUGUUUCCAUCUCCAGGUUUUUCUCUAGGUAGUCAGGCACUACAGUGACUCAGGGGUCAGUCAUUGGUUUUCCAGCUGGGCCCCUUGCAGCCCUGCUGGAACCUUGGAGGAGACCAGAGUCUGAUAGGACCCUGGGACAAAACCAAACUCUGCAAUAGGCUUAGAUUACAGCUGGGGUCUGGAGGGUAUCCCAACGAUUGCCUUUUUCUCCUUCCAAAAUUCCUAGGGAGAGUUUGUUUGGGCUCCAGUAGAGGCUUCUUUCUUGGGGCUAGUUGUGUGUGUGUGUGUGUGUGUGUGUGUGAGAGAGAGAGAGAGAGAGAGAGAGAGAGAGAGAGAUUUGGCAGAAAAAUAGGGAAAAGUUUCACUCCAUCUCUCUGCACACCGUAAUCCCAAUCCUGCUCAGGAGAUUCUCCUAUUUAAAGAAUCUGAAAUUUCCACAUUAAAUGCAAAUUUAAUCUAUCACCUGGAAGGGGUGAAGAGUGCCUCAAGUAGCUAGAUGACUUCUUCUGUGGUCUGGAAUAUGAUGCUUACCAGUGAAUCAAAGCAGGAGCGUCCAGUGUCUGCCCACAGAACUGAUAACUGAUAACUUUUAUAACACCUGCCCUUCUUUCCUUCUGUUUCCCCCUCAUUAAUGGCAACAAGAAUAAAUUGUGGUUCUUGUACAAAUGGGAAUCAAGCCCUUGGUGACUUGACCUGUCCCAGAGGGCUGUCGUGAGGUGCGGGUGCUGCUCUUGGUGGGUAACGAAGAUGAUAAAUAUCCAUUCUGAUUAUUUGAAAAUACCCAUCUUUUCCAGAAAGGCAGCUUUUGACCAGCUCAGUUUCUUUGGUUCACUUCUCCUAGCACCUUUGUGGGGAAGGGUAUUCCAGCUUGAUGGUUGUCACCAUGACUCCUACUUAUCUGCAUCAGGUACAGAUGGUUUGGAGCAGGUGCUGCUUUGGUGGGAGGUGGGCUUACACCCCCUCCCCCAACGCUAUGCUAUUCUUCUCUUCCUCUUUGAUUCCACCUCUUCCUUACCAGAGUAUGGAAUAGAAAGCUCCCCCCACAAAAAAAGUUAGCUUGGCUGGAGUGUUGUCAUGCAUGAAGGUGAAUUGUUUGUGGAGCUGCUCCAAGGGCGCAGCGACUUGCCUGCUCCAGGAAGCCCUCCUUUUGGAUCCCUCCCUCUGGCCCCUUUGCUGUACUGCAAGAGUUGUUUACCCAACAGCUGCUGGGAGCCAAAAGUGCCCUUGGAGAACAGAAGUUUGAAAGGCACGGAAAUCCACCCUCCUGUAGAGCUCUGGGAGCUCCUGCCUCUUUAUUGGUGCUGGCAAAGGAACCCUACCCUCCUCAAAAACCCCAGCGCUCUGGAGUGUGUGAACUGGCUCAAAUGAGGUUUGGAAGUCAUUCAGAGACAAGUGUACAACAGUGGGACAAAGUGCUCUGCACCCUCAAGAAAUGCAACAAAAAUGCAAAAUACAAUCAUUAAUAUUUGCUAACUGGAAGAUUGCAGAGUUUGCCCCAGGAUGAGGAAGAGCAGAGAUGGGAUGGAGGCUGCCUGGCCCAGUGGGUUGGUUUGGGGCACCACUAAUAGCAGAAAUCUAGGAUCUGAGCCUCAGAGAAGGAACUCUGUGCUCCCUCAAAGGAAUUAUCCCCACAGAUAGAAAACGAUCCUCCUGCUUGGAAAGCUAGGCUGAAACUCUUCUCUGUGAUAGGUAGGGAUAUGUAUAGAUUUUCAUGGGAAUUCUUUCAAACUUUGCACCAUGAAAAAUAGGUGUCUGUCAACCUGUGGGUCCCCAGAUGUUGUUGGACUACAACUCCCAUCAUCCCUGAGCUCUGGCCUUGCUAGCUAGGGGUGAUGCGAGUUGUAGUUUAACAAUAUCUGGGGACCCACAGGUUGAGAAAGGCUGGUUUAUAGGAUCAUUUGACUUGAAAGAAGCUGUUGUCCUUCCCCAGUAGACGAGAUCACCUGAGCUGGAGGGAGAGGGGGAAUCCAGGGCUAGUGGAGGAGCACAUGGGGCUCACCCCAUCCCACAUGCAAAAUCCCACCAGAUGGGCAGGUGAAGCUUUUAUUCACCACAAUAUCUGAGGUGAGCAGGCUGCCUUAGGGAACCCAGAAGGGGUGGGGUUCUGCCACCCUCAAGCAGUACCUGCUGCCUGAGGCUACAGGCUCACCCUACCCAAUGGUAGGACUGACGCUGGAGGAGGUGAACCCUUUCACUCUGCCAUUUCCCCAAUUAACAAGCUAUAUGUCCUGCUUCAUUCCCCAGCUGGGUUGGGGGGAAGAGUUCAAAACAGGAAAAGGGGAGGUGCGGGGGGGAAGGGUCAAAUAACUACCCUGUUCUGAACUGAACCUGUCCCUCCCAGCCCUCCCCCCCCCCAGGCUUGUGGAAAACAGCACACCUCUGUCAGGCCCUGAAGUGAUGCACAGAUAAUUGAGCUCUUUGGCUAGACAGGAGCUCAGAAAGCUGCUGGCACCCCCCCCCAAUCUGUCUGAUUCUUUAUUUUGUAGGGGGAGGAGAGGUGCCUGGCUCUUGCUGACCAACGGCUUGUAGGCACUGAACUGUGGACCCAAUGUGUCGGCGAUCUUUUGCUUUUGAUGGAUGGUGUUGCAUUGAAAGUCCAAAGGCUCUUCUGGCAAAUUUUAGAGAGGAAAACAAACAAAGUGGGACAGCGGAAGUUGACUUUGUUCAAAGGCUUGUUUGUCUGCAUGCUACAUGCUUGCAACCACCCUCCUCUAAGUAAACCCCGCAUUGGGUUGGCUAGAGGUGGCCUACAGGGCUUUGCCCAGCAGUUUGGAGCAGUUUCCUGAUUCUCCUGAUGUUCUCGGGAUCUGCAUGCCGGCCGUGAUUCAGAGGGAAGCCUUUAGAACCCGCAAGGAAAGGGUUGUUGCGUUAUUCCUGGAAGUAAGAGUUUAUUCUACUCUAGCAGGAAUGGAAUGUAUAUUGGUUAAAAUUUACUUUACCAUAAAAAUUGGAGAUAAUUUGCCUUCAGUAUAAAUAUUUACAAACUGCUCAUGUAAGUUGUCAGGAUUUUCCGGGUUGUAAGCAACAGCGGUGACUAAAAGACAGAAAUGCAAACAAGGUCUUCAGUUUGAAUGUCAACUCCUCUAUACCAGGCAUAGGCAAACUCCAGCCCGCCAAAUGUUUGGGACUACAAUUCCCAUCAUCCCUGACCACUGGUCCUGUUAUCUAGGGAUGAUGGGAAUUGUAGUCCCAAACAUCUGGAGGGUCGGAGUUUGCCUAGGGCUGCUCUAUACGCUCCCCAGCUAGCCUUAAGCCCAGGGGUCAGCAAACUUUUUCAGCAGGGGGCUGGUCCACUGUCCCUCAGACCUUGUGGGGGGCCGGACUAUAUUCUUUUGGGGGGGAAAUGAACGGAUUCCUAUGUCCCACAAAUAAUCCAGAGAUGCAUUUUAAAUAAAAGGACACAUUCUGCUCAUGUAAAAACCUGCUGAUUCCUGGACCGUCCGCGGGCCGGAUUUAGAAGGCGAUUGGGCUGGAUCUGGCCCCCGGGCCUUAGUUUGCCUACCCAUGCCUUAAGCCUUAACACACCCUCCCUCCCUCCAGAUCUGCAAUAUAGGAUAGUGUUAACUUUCUGAAGAAGUUUGCAUGCACACAAAAGCUCAUACCAAUAACAAACUUAGUUGGUGCCUAAGGUGCUACUGGAAGAAUUUUUUUAUUUUGUUUCCUUACACAGUUGUUGUUAAUGGUCACAUGAAGAUAUAAUGUAUGUUAAAUACUUUGAACACUCAAAAGUACUGUUUCCAUGCUAAGUAUCACUAUUAUUCACAACGAUGAUAUUAUUAGCAACAUUAAAAUCUCACAAAUGACCCAGGUUCCAUUGACAUAAUAGCCCAGAACUAACCAAUCGGAAUAAGAGGAGAGUCGUUGAGAAAUACCAUUAUGACUGCAAUAUGCUGCUUUCCAGUCCAAAGCUCCCCAAAGUAGUGAACAGCAGAUUAAAACAACAGAAUAUAAUACAAAAUGCCAUACAUUGCAACAAAAUAGGGCUCCAGAAAGGCCUUAUCAAGCUCAAGGAUGAAAGAAGAUUCUCAGCAACUACAUCCACAUACUUACAAACUUGAACAGACAAUGAGAAAUAUUUUAAAAAGCUUUCACCAACUAGACAAAUUACGGGUCCUCUUACCACUACCAUUCUGACUUCCUUGAAUAAUUUCUAAUUUGGCUGAAGAUGGCACAAUUUACAAGAAAUAGAAUGGUAGCAAUAUUUAAAGAAACUGUUCAGUAAAAAAGCUUUCAGACAAUGAGCAGAAAAGAAAAAUAGGUAAAAUGUGACACAGAGAAGACAACUUCUGUGCAUUCUUUGAUAGGAAUCAGUCAGCAUUAGAAGAACUGAAAAAUGAACAAGCAGGGAUAUAGAAAAUCCCAGCUCAACUCCUAAAGCAAGCAGGCAGAGACUUAAAAAUACACCUGUUAGUACCUCUCCCUCAAAAUUAGGCAAAUAUUGACAGGGUUGUUAAUAAAUAGAUUAAGCCACACUUCAGAAAUAUGGUCACAGCCUUUGCCAACCUGGUGCCCUCCUGCAUCAGCCCUAGCCAACUAAGUUACAGAGCAUUUAUUGCCAGGAGCAGGCUAUGAUGACAGAAGAAGAAUACGUACAUUGUUAAAAGAAAACAGGAAGCUGAACCGAAAGCCAAAAUGCGCACAGAGGCUUGUCAGGUGAGCUUUGUCUCCGGUGCUAUGUUUACAGUGGAUGCAAUUCAGAAAGUGAAGUUAAGUGGCAGAUAAUGGAGGGAGACCAACAACAAACUAACAAACUAGAUAAAGGUAAAGGACUCCUGACAGUUAAGUCCAGUCGCAAACGACUCUGGGGUUGUGGCACUCAUCUCGCUUUACUGGCUGAGGGAGCCGGCGUUUGUCCGCAGACAGUUUUUCUGGUCAUGUGGCCAGCAUGACUAAGCCGCUUCUGGCGAACCAGAGCAGCGCACGGAAACGCCGUUUACCUUCCCGCCGGAGCGGUACCUACUUAUCUACUUGCACUUUGAUGUGUUUUCGAACUGCUAGGUUGGCAGGAGCAGGGACCGAGCAACAGGAGCUCACCCCGUCACGGGGAUUCGAACCGCCGACCUUCUGAUCAGCAAGCGCUAGGCUCAGUUGUUUAGACCACAGCGCCAAACUAACUGGGAAGCAAUAUAACGGAUGGAAGCCUUGGGUGCAAGAUAAAUUUGGCAUAACACAGUGGUUCCCGACCCUUUUGGUAUGGUAACCCACAAUGCUUAUUAUGGUGACCCAUUGGUUUAUUGUCACAUGGGGUUUGGACCACAGGCCUUUGGCAGCAGUCAGUUUCAUGUAUUUUAACUGCAACUUUUCCCAUUCUCUAACAUUACUUGAGGCAACCUGGCAAAAAAUCUGCUUAACACUUAUUAAAGUGGAGUUUGUUGGACUAUUUAUAGCACUUACAGAGUUAUUUGGUUUUGUUCAUGGGAAUGUAAGAACCAUCUGAUGGCAGAAUUGUACUUAAUAAGCUAUAAAAAAUUAUUCUAAAAACGCACGGCUGCAUGAGCAAAUAUAAUGAACUUCAAAUCACCCCUGGAUUAACUAUUGACUAACCUUGGCAGCAAAUACAGUAAUGGUUUGCCACAGGGUGCUUGUGCAGGGAGGUGUUUUGAGUGAUGGUUGCAAAUUGCCUCUGAUGCACAUUGGAGGUGAGCUGUGCUGGUCACUGAGAGUGACUUCCUGCGUUGUGGUGGCCCAUCACUGGAUCAAGGCAGUUCCCAAAGUGUUAAAAUGUAAAUGUCAGGGGUUCAGAGAGAGAGGCACAGGGUAGGCAGGAGAUGGAGAGCGAGGGGGAGGAAUUCCAAGCCAGCGAGGAAGAGGAUGACAAUGACUCAAGGGAUUCCAUGAGUCUUUCCAGCGAAUCAGAGGAUUCCCUGAAGGGGCGCCGGUGGUCAGGGCCAGGGAGCCCCAGGGGAAGUGUCAGGAGCAGGGUGCCAGCGGAGGAUCCCAAAGUGGCAGCUGGGCGUCAGGACCAGCCUCCCCACCAAAGUGCAGCGAAGGGGGUGGAGUUUCCAGUGUGUCAGAGGAAGCAGCUCCAGCAGCAGAGAGAGGAGGGGGGUCAGAGCAAGCCGCCCUCCCGGAAGGGGAGGGGAGCAGUGAAGGGAGUAGUGUAACUGUCAGAAGGAAAGUUAGAGGUUUGGCGCGCGCCUAGUUCAAAUGUAGAGGCGCGCGGAAGUGCAGGGAGCCCGGAGGAGGGGCCAGGUCCCAAAGCCCGCAGGAGGGGGGAAGAGCAGUCUGGGGAUUCAGCGUCAGAGGAAUCCAGAAGGGGCGCAACCCCAGGGGGCAGAAGGACCCUGCGGAAAAGGAAGGAGAGAAAGAGGUGGAGCAGCGCAAGUCUCUUAAAUUGGUGCAGAGGAGGGAGUGACUCAGAGGGGACUUCGGCGGUCUAGCGUAAGAGACGUAAGGCUGCGCGCCUAGGAUGUCAAGCAAACCAUGAACUGCAAUAAACACCUUUGUAUACAAGAAGACGUAGGCGUUGGUCUUUUGUGAGCUAAGACUUGAGGCAGCCUUGACAGUAAACCUUUCUGAUGUUCAGUUACAAGUGUCAAAACAGCAUUAUAAAAUACGAACUAAACAAAAAGUUGAAAGGUAUUCAUCAAAGCAGUUUAGGGUGACAAGCAGUAUUUAUUUUGGGUUUACUCAGUGCUUUUUUUGUAAAAAAAUUUUUUGGGGGUACUCUCAUUUUCCUACUCAUAUUGAAAUAUGAGGCCAAACUUAGAUUCACGAAAUGUUUAGGGUGUGCAUCCUCCUGCUUCCCCCCAGAAAAAAGCACUGGGUUUGCUGCUUAUAAAGCCUGCUGCCUUUUGCUGGUUGUGACCUACGGAUUGGGAAACACUGAUAUAACUGAUGUUUUAUAAAAGGAAGACCCAUGGAUGAGGAGAAUAAAUUUACUUUAUAUACCGUAUUUUUCGCUCUAUAGGACGCACCGGACCAUAGGAUGCACCUUGUUAUAGAGGGGGAGAACAAGAAACAAAAAUUCUCCCCCUCUCUGCUCAGCGCCCCUUCAGCGAAGCGGCAGGAGAAACGGAGCCCCUUCCAUUUCUCCUCCCACUUGGCUGAAGGGUCACUGCACAGCUCUCCCUCUCUGCUGAAGCCAGGCGAGUCUUGCUCUCCUGGCUUCAGGCGGCUAUCCCUGAAGCCUUCGGAGCGCAGCGCGAGUUUCCGCCUGUGCUCCGCAGGCUUCAGGUUCCUUUUGCUGAAGCCGGGAGAGCAAGACUCUCCAGACCUCAGUGAAAGCAACUCGAAGCUUCCAGAACGCGGAGGGAGCGCUCCCUCUGCGUUUCAGAGGCUUCGUGUUGCUAUCGCUGAAGCCAAGGAGCCUGCAUUUGCUCCAUAGGAUGCACACACAUUUCCCCUUAAUUUUUGGAGGAGAAAAAGUGUGUCCUAUAGAACGAAAAAUACGAUAUAUAUAUAUAUAUAUAUAUAUAUAUAUAUAUAUGGCUCUGUGUAGAAUGUGACAUGGAAAGAUUUGAAAUGAAAGUGGGAGAGCUAUUGGAUAGAACUGGAGAGGACAAAGGCUGAUACGAAGUGUGACGAGGAAGCCAUCACGUAUGAAGGAGGCAGGUCCAGGGUCAAGUCUGGGUGUGACUAACCUUCUCUGGCCCAAAGCCUGCAUUGAAGGUUGGCCGUGUUCUGAGGGUUGCAUGCCAUUUGCAGGCGCACACACAAACCCACUCACCACACCUAAAGCACACAUGAACUCACCCAGGCAGACCAUACACAACCCCCACCCCACAGAGGAAGCAACAGCCUUAGGCACUGCCAGACCAUUGGUCCAUCCAACUUAGGGUUGGUGAUGCUGACUGGCAGCCGCCGUCCAGGGUUCAGCUGCAACUCUCUUUCCCUUGCAGGUUUCUCAUUGGCAGGGGAAGAGUGUUGCUUCUUCUUCAGGGUUGGCCCCCAAGAGUACACUGGGAGUUUCAGGGGUGGGGAAGCAGUUGCUGCUGGGGUUGGAUGCAGCAGCGGCUUCCGCAGGCCUGAGCCCCCCGGGUGAUGUCAUUUUUGCUUGGGUCUCUUUGUGCUUAACGCAGCCUUGGCUGCAUAUUUAAACAUCUGACUGCCCGGAGGAAUGAGUUAAAAAGGAGACUCUGGUCGGAGGCCAGUUUCCCAGAGAAUGGAAUGAUAAUUAAGGAAGCAAGGAAAGUAAUAAUGCUGGGAGGGCGGCAAAAGCAUCCAAGAAAGGCAGGCAUACAUGACACAGAAAGCGGCUGGGGUUGGGAGGGAGAGAAGCACCCCUGUUUAUAAUUGGGUUUUGAUAGGGAUGGUAGAGUAGCAAGUGAAUGAGUUGAGUGUAUGUAAUUGUGCAAAUGAGGCCACUGCCUAGGAGGCCUCCCUAUGGGGCACCCGCCUUGCAUGAGAUGAUGCCAGCUUGCACUGGUUAUGCACCACACAAACAGAAUCCUGGCUCCCAUGAGGAGCACAUGAAUGGGGCCCAGUUCAUACAGUCCAUGGCAGGGUGGGAACUGCUUCCAAGUGGCAUCUUUGGAUGGGGGACCACAUCUGAGACGGGGGUGAUUGAAGGCUGUGGCCCCUUCCCACCCCCCAGCCAUGGAGCUGGGUCCUAAGCAACUGGAGCAUCCUAGCGUCUUAUGUUUUAACUGCAUUUUAAAGCAUUUUUUCCUUUUAAAUGCUGUUGCAUCAGAAAUCCAUCUGGGAUGCCUUCCGUAUUGAAACAGAGCAGUAAUUAUCUUGUUGGGAGUCCCGCCUUACGGAGACACAAGGUUUUCUGGAGUCUCGGCUGGAGGAAAACUUAGUAAAACAAGCCAGAGCCUCCUGUGGAGAAAAGGGCUGGUUGUUAUCAGAUAUUUGGACACAAACCAGCUAUUGUGCUUGAAAGCGCAAACUGCAUUUAGAGCACCGAAGGCUCCUGGGUCUCAGUGGUAGCUCAACCAUCGUUGCUUUGCCAUUGUUUCCACAAAGGCUGCUUUGAUGUACAAGAAAGAACUCCAAAAAGUGAAUCACAUGUUUCUACCAUAGUCUAGUUUGGGGCUCUGCAUCAGUGGGGCAAGAAAACACCGAGGAGGAAAAAGAGGAAACGGGGCCUUACCUGUUAAUUUUACCUUUUAGACCAGCUUUUCCCCAACCUGAAGCCCUCCAGAAGUUUUGGACUACAGCUCUCAUCAGUUCCAGGGACUCCGGUGGUGCUGUGGUCUAAACCACAGAGCCUAGGGCUUGCUGAUCAGAAGGUCGGCAGUUCAAAUCCCUGUGAUGGGGUGAGCUCCCGUUGCUCGGUCCCUGCUCCUGCCAACCUAGCAGUUCGAAAGCACGUCAAAGUGCAAGUAGAUAAAUAGGUAUUGCUCUGGCGGGAAGGUAAACGGCAUUUCUGUGUGCUGCUCUGGUUCGCCAGAAGCGGCUUAGUCAUGCUGGCCACAUGACCUGGAAGCUGUCUGUGGACAAAUGCCGGCUCCCUUGGCCUAUAGAGCGAGAUGAGCACCGCAACCCACAAAGUUGUCCACGACUGGACCUAACGGUCAGGGAUCCCUUUACCUUUCUCAUCAGUUCCAGCCAGCAGGUUUAGACUGGCAAAACAGAGACUCCAUACCUGGAAACAGAUCAGACUAUUUGAGAAAGACACAUGCAAUCUUCUCGUACAAAGUGGAUCAAGAUGCAACUGGACCUAAAGGGGGAUUGUGGGCCUCUCUGAUUAGCUGAUUGGCUAGACCUGCAAAGGUCCCUGCGCAGCCCUUGACAGCCCUUGACAAGCUGACUAGGUAGCCCUUGUGCCUUUGCCUAAUUUCAAACUUUGUGGGUCACCUGAUGUGAUUGACAGAUGAGCUGCCCUGGCCGCCUGUCACACUUGGCCCACUGGGAUGGGGUGGGGGAGAUAAAAGAUCCAGCCCAUCAGCAAGGCUCAGUUCCCCAUCUCUUAUCUAGCCUCACAUGUUUACCUGAAGGAGGAUGCAGAUGGGGAGUCUAGAGAAAGAAAGUCAUGCUGCGGAUCAGGAAGUGUCUCCCGCUGUUUCAUUUCUGUAGCAACACUUGCCCCUAGUUUACAUAACAAAGGAGAUAGUUAAUAGACAAGACCAGGGCUAUUCAAAAUGAAACCAUUUUGGUCACUUUAAAGAUAAAGGUAAAGAACCCCUGACAGUUAAGUCCAGUCGCGGACGACUCUGGGGUUGCAGUGCUCCUCUCGCUUUACAGGACGAGGGAGCCGGCGUUUGUCUGCAGACAGUUUUUCCGUGUCAUAUGGCCAGCAUGACUAAGCCGCUUCUGGUGCAACGGAACACCGAAACCAGAGCAGCUCACGGAAACGCCGUUUACCUUCCCGCCGGAGUGGUACCUGUUUAUCUACUUGCACUUUUUGGCGUGCUUUUGAACUGCUAGGUUGGCAGGAGCAGGGACCGAGCAACGAGAGCUCGCCCCAUUGCGGUGAUUCAAACCGCCGACCUUCUGACUGGCAAGCCCAAGAGGCUCAGGGUUUAGACCACAGCACCACCAGCUUUUCACUUUAGCCACCAGCUUUUCUGCAGACCCCAGUCUUACAUCUAAGGACCUAUAAGAGCCUCCUCAGAUGACAUCCAGGCUAGCUCCUCAAAAUGACAAAAAUAUUGUUCUUGUUUUUUUUCUUGUUUUUUAUUUUUAUUUUAUGGGCCAGAUAAAAAUUGCUAAAAUGUGAAACAGAAGAGUCUGUGCCAUUAGUUAGAGCAGGGGUUGUCAACCUGGUCCCUACCACCCACUAGUGGGCGUUUCAGGAUUCUAGGUGGGCGGUAGAGGGUUCUACAGCACAAGCUGAAUUCUCCUUCCAUCGAGCACUGGUGGGCGGUAAGGAAAUGUUAGCAUUAAGAAAGAUGCAUUAGUGGGCGGUAGGUAUAAAAAGGUUGACUACCCCUGAGUUAGAGAAAGGCAGGCCAUGAAGGAAGAGCUUAGGGUUCAGAAAGGAGGGUUGGAAGAGGCAGCUCAAAGGAGGGAGCUUUGAUUUGAGUGGCUGGGGAAACCCAGCCAGAUGGGGGGGUAUAAAUAACAUCAUUGUGAUUAUUAUUAUUAUUGAAACAACCAGCUGCACCUUAGCCAGCAGGCGCUCCAGGACCAGGACUGGGAAGGGCGCUGCCCCUUGAAUAGUUCCUGGCAACCAGUCUGGACUGGACUGGGCUGGUGAUACGGCAGACUCACUGCUGGCUUCUUAUAAAAAUGAAUUGCCUGCUCUUUAAAAAAUGUUAUUUUGGACACUUAUUCUCAUGUGGGUAAUGAUAAAAACCAUCUAAAAGACACAGUGUAAAAAGCAAUACUAUAGGCAGCAAAACAGCAGGUCAAACCCUUUCAGCCCCCAAACCAGCCAUUUGCAGUCUAAUUAAAACCAUCACCAAAAUGUUUAGGCAAAUGAGAAGCUUAAACUGGUGCCAGAAACUGAGUAACCCGGGUGUCAGGCGUGUCUCCCCUGGGAAGGCAUUCCACAAUGGAAUGUUAAUAUUUAAGAAGUGAUAAUGUAUGAAUUAAUAUCUACCUGCCUGCUGUCUUUCCUUAGCCUAGCCUUUCAUUUGCUGAAUGCUAAAUGUUGGGAGAUGGGUUAACACUCCUUAAUGAAGCUUCUUGUAUCCCAUUAACCUAAAGGAAUAUUCUCUGCAGCAGGUGAUGGUGUGCUGCUUUAGAUUUUGUGGCUCAAAGGCUGUCUGUUUUCCUGGAGGAGAGACAAGGAUGGUUACAGGUACAAGAUCCAUGGGCUGCAUCGUGUGGCUUCGCAGCAGAGUCAGGAAGGGAGCCUUGGCCUCUAACAUGGCAAUCGGACCUCUUUUGUGAAAGGAGCAUUGCUCUUUUGGACCUCAUAUUCUCAUUUGGGUAGUUUGUUGAGCUUGUUCAUUUUUUUCCUGGAGGAAGAUCGAUGGUUCUUGUACUUGGUUCUACUGCCAGUGUUCCCUAAUCUGCCUCUCCUGUUCUCAGAAUCUGGAAUCCAGUGCCAAAAUGGCUCAUACCCGACAUUCCAAGUGUGAGACUCAUGAUGGGCAUUUCUAUAAAGACAUUUCCUUCUGCUGGGUCUGAAUGGGACCUGUUCAGGUUCAGUUGGGAGGGAUAGCGAAUUGUGUCUACUCCCUCGAGAGCAGCGACUUCAAACAGACAUUGCUAGCCUCUUGAGAUUCAGUAAUGGAGUUGAAUGUGGGUUUGUGCAAUUCUGGGACCUUUUUCAGAGCAGGCGCAGCUGUGGCAAGUGAAUUAGCUGAUUUCGGGUUUUACUGUGUCUGUGCCAUAUUAGCAUAGAGGAAAGAGAAUAAGGAAAAUAAGCAGAGAUAUUUCCCUCCUUUUCUUUGAAGUGUUACCAUUGAAGUGGCUAGCAAGAAGAAGUUCCUACUUCAUGCUAGCCAUUAAAAAUGGUAACCCUUCUUUGCAAGAUUGCUUGCAUUUCUGAUUCAGAGCUAGAGGUUGUAUUUCAACUGGCUGGAGUUGCUAAAGCCGAAUGUGUUUUAGAAAGUUGAAUCUAUGAAGUAAGGACAAACUGACUCAAGGAAACUAUGGAUAGUCAAGCUGAUUCCAGUAAACUGGGUACUGUGUUGCAUACUGCUCCUCUUUGAUGGGGUACAGUAACUGAUCAGCAAUUCAUUUUUGGAUUUUUCUAUGGGGCUGUCAUGAUGAACUUCUGAAUUCCAAAUUUACAACUAACCUGCUAAGAUUUAGUACCCAAGAAUCUAGUAGCCAUUGGUGGACCUCUUCUCUGGUGUUAAUUGGUCUACUCCUUUUUCUAAACAAACAAACAACCAAGAACAACACUCAAUCUAAGCUUGUAGCCAUCCUUACAUCCUGUGGCACAGUGAAUUAAUUCUAAACUGCAGGAAGAAAAUGGUUCCUUUGCUUUUUGGAGGCUGUGAGAUCUAGGAUUGUGAGGCGGUGGUGAAGUUUUCUUGUAUACCAGGCAUGUCCAACAGGUAGAUCGUGAUCUACCGGUAGAUAACUGGACGUCUGUGGUAGAUCCCUGGUAGAUCACUGGCUCCCCCGCAAAGAAGCUCAACAACUUUGGCUCCCCUAAAAAAAGCUCAACUUUGACCUGAACCCCCCAAAAUAGGGCUUUCCUUCCUAAGAAACAGCCUUGACCUGAACCCCCGAAAAUGGGGUAGAUCACUGCCAGUUUUAAACUCUGUGAGUAGAUUGCAGUCUCUUGGGAGUUGGCCACCCCUGCUGUAAACCAACGUAGUAAUUAUAUCAGGAUUCAAUAUAAAUAACCAUUAUAAGAAUACUGUGGAAAUUGUAUGUUGGUGAACUGGCAAGGUUGUUUCCAACCCAAUGAUUGGUGUAAUUAAAAAUACAGUUGCUCUAUAUUCACAAGAAUUGGGUUUUUUGAUUUUGUUUCGAGUCCAGCCAUGUUUGCAUUUUUUUGAAAUUCUGGGGGAGCUUUACCACAAUGGAGGCUGGACUAGAGAAAUCAGCCUGGCUACCUGGGGAAAAGGAAGCAGAUGAGAUGGGCCAGAAAGAGACCACUUAGUAACUUAGUAAACUCAAACAAUGAACGAGCUUUGUGCCUGCACAUACAGUCUCUUCCCUCCUCAGUGUGCUGUGAUUAAGCCUGGAAGUCUUUAGUUAAGCAUCAUUUCCUGCUCAUUCCAAACUGGAAAACUAUAUUAGACUCAAACCAAGCCAAGACCUCAGUCCAUGGUUUGAAGUUAGUUUAAGACCCUGGCUUCUUCCAGACAUGGCAACCUGUCUCUAGGUUUAGGUUCAGUGGGAAUCUAUGGUUAAUUAAAGACUUCCCGACUUAACACAGCAUGACAGGACGGGACAGUGCAAGGAUGGGGAGCAUAUACAAAGGGUGAACCAGAUUGCUUGAACUGGGCUAGACAACAGGUUUGAGGGGGAAAGGAACUUAGAAGCAGAAUGUCCUGAACCCCAACGUACAUGGAGGUAAGUCCCAUUGGUGUACACAGUUCCCAAGGGAAAUGGUAGAGAGUAGUCAGACAGUCCAAGAGGUCAAAGACCAGGCCAAGUCCAAAGUCAAAUAGUUAGGCCAGGCUCUCGCCUCUGCAGCAGAUCCAGGGUCAGAAAACCUGCGGUCAGAAAACCUGUGGUCAGUCCCGAAGUCACAGUCCAGUGGAGCUUCUGAAGCAGCCAAUCCGUGGUCCAUCAACGUGGAAAGCUGAGCAGACACAGAUUCUCUGCCUUGCUUCCCUUUUAUCCUUCCAAUUUUGACACAUCUGGGUUUGAUGUAGCUGAGCAACUGCGUCUCUGCACUCUACAAGGCAUGUGAUCCUCACCUAAUCCAGCUGUGUGACCACAAACUUUCUCCCAGACCUACUGAUCCCUGUGAUCCCCACUCGGUCAACUAGUGAGCUGGGUUGUGUUCCCUUGCCUGCCUCAGUUUCCUAGAGCGCCCUUCCCGUUGUUUUCAGCGCCUCAGAGCCCGCCAUGUCUGUGGAGACGGGGCUGUCUCUGGUUUUGCUGAUACAGUAUGUUCCCCCUCUCCUGGCUCCUGUGAACUGUCAGCUGCCCCCACGCCAUAUCCUGUGCGUACCUCCUAAGUCCCCAAGCUCCCCAUUCCCCAUCUUCUUCUUGCCUUGGUGUGUACCAGUCGUGGCUACAGCCCUUGCCAGGAUCCUGUUCCCCUUCCUCUAUGUCCUGCCAGUUCAUGUCACAGAAGGAGGCAAGGGCUGAAGACAGGCAGGCUCAGGGGACCACCCAGGUAGAAGUAUAGGAAGCAGCCUGACACUGAGUCAGACCACUGGCCCAGAUAGUUCAGUGCUGCCUAAGCUAACAAGCUGGGAGUGGCUCCCCAGGGUUGCAGGCAGGAUUCUUUUCCCCGGUUCUGCCCAGGAAUGCCAUGUCAGGGGUUGAACAUGAGACCUUUUGCAUGCAAAGCAGAUACUCUACUGCUCAGCUCUGCCCCUUCUCCAAGAGCUGAUGACCAGAGUGAAAACAGCAGCAGAAGCUUCUUUGGGUGGGAGCUACUUGAGGCUGCAGCCAGGGAGUCCAGGAAAAUUCAAACAAUUUAGGCAGUGCUGAAGUGGAUGUCUUCAGCAUGGAGCUCUUUGAUCAUUGGCCACAGAGCUGAUAGUGUGUUUCUUGUUUUGCAUUUAGGUUCCCUUUAGGGGUGGGUUGGACUUUACAGUCAUUUCGGGAUUGCUCUGGAGAAGCUUGAGUGUGGUGCCGGCUGCCUCUCCAGUCUGACCUGCUGCCUGGAAAGACCUGCUUGCAUAAGUUGCGAAAUAUCAGAAUGUGAUUGAAGUUCAUUUGUAGAGAGAACAGAUCACAUUCCUGGGAGUGCAGUGCAAGCCUCUGUGUGGGAGGAACCUGGGCAGGGCUCAGCAACAAGUACAGGAUGUGGCAAUUUUCUGUAGGGUUCUGUGGGGUCUGGUACAGGGUGGAUUUGACAUAAAUUGCCUCUGGCUUAGCACUGGCCAGAGUCAAGCUGGAAAUUCUACAGAAGACACGUGGUCUCCCAAAGCCCAUGAGUUUCUUCUAAUGAAACUCUUUAUUUUUCCAUUUAAAUGCUGUAUAACAAUUAAUAAUACUAAUAAAAAUAUACAUGGAUACAGUGGUGGAGCAACAUGCUGCAGCUCCCGGAGCGGAAAACAGGCGGGGGCGUGGCACAUUGCCCACGGGGGCAUGGCGCGUGGCUGCGGUUGCGAGGCAUGCAGCGUGUGUCGGGGGGGGGCAGCCGCGUUUGCACCCUUUCCCCAAAUGGUGCCCGGGAGGUAUGCUCCCCUGCCCCCCUUCGCAUGCCAGUGCAUGGAUACAGCUGUAAAUCUCAGGUAUAUAAUGCUAAACUCUCUCAUUAAUAGACUCGGCAGAUCGGCCAGGGAGGGACUGUAUAGUGGGAUCUAUUAGGUCUUCCUAAUAGAAGAACAGUAGAAAAGAACCUGGAAGACACCUCAGCGCUGCUAGAAGGGCAACAUCUGUUGUUCAUUGGGGCUUUGCUGUAUCUUCCUUCUAGUAAGUUGGAAGGAAAGACAUUAAACCUUGCCAAACAGGAAGUCUUGCUAUAUUUAGGGAUAGUUAACUGUCCCAAGUGUGGCAUUCUGUCUUUGCAGGAGAGGCUGUGAGGAAUGGGGUCCUGUGCAGAUCCUUGGAGCACUUUGAAAACUAUAUCCAAAACCCUCCAAUCAUUGAUUUGGUCCCUUCAGAUCCAUAGCUAGCGGGUAAGAGGACGAUUCUUUCAAGGAAAAGAAGCCACAAGUGGCUAUGACUCUAUUAAAGGGGGAGGGGUCCUUAACCCUUUCCACACAGCCCAUUUUUCUGAUGAAAACUGCCCUCCCUGUCCAUUUUUCCCCACCCCAAGUGGUAGCAAAGUAUUUUGGAGAGGCAAUUUUGACUGGAAAAUCAGACCGCUGAAGUUAUUAGCCCCCUGCUCAUCUAUUUGAAAUGACAGCCUCAUAGCUGCAUUUCAUGAGGGACACCCCCACCCCCUUUAGAGGCACAUCUGCCAUGGAGCAAACAGUGUUGCUCUGAGUAUAGGGCAGCAACUUCAUAUGCUAGCAAUUAAUAAUUGUUAAUAGCCAGUCUCCAUUUCUGAAGGGGCCCAUUAUGCGGCUUUUGUGGGAGCCAUUUUGGCAGAAAUACAAAUGGAUCUUGCCAGGUUCUCUUUUUUUGCCCUUUGAUGCUGGAGAAGUGAGCAUGAAUUGGCCGUCUGCUCGUGUCUUCAUUCUGCCUGUACUUACAAACCUAGUGGUCCAUUUUCCUGUUUGUGUGAUCUGAUAUGACACUUCAGUUCCUCGGUUUCUCUGUCUCCCUCAUCCAACAGCUGGGCCUGGAAUAAGAGCACCCCCUGCACCCCCCUCCCCAUAGUUGCCUGCCAAAGACCGCUUGUUCUGAAGUGUUUCCUAUUUUAAAAGGGAAGGAUAAAUAAAAUAAUUUUCAGUCAUAGAGGAAAUCCAACACUGGUUGGUCGCCACAGGGCCAGAGGAGAGGCGGCGGUGAGGAAACUGGUAUGGCCAGGCGAUGGGCUUAGAACGUCGCUUUGGUGGCCUUUUUGAAGUACUGUAAAGAAUUCCAUUUCCUUCCAUUUGGAAGGUGGCAGCAAGAUAUUUGUACUUUUACAGACCAGAAAAAAGAAAUGUACAGUGGUACCUCGGGUUAAGAACUUAAUUCAUUCUGGAGGUCUGUUCUUAACCUGAAACUGUUCUUAACCUGAAGCACCACUUUAGCUAAUGGAGCCUCCUGCCACCGCUGCAUGGUUUCUGUUCUCAUCCUGAAGCAAAGUUCUUAACCUGAGGUAAUAUUUCUGGGUUAGCGGAGUCUUUAACCUGAAGCGUAUGUAACCUGAAGCGUAUGUAACCCGAAGUACCACUGUAUGUAGAAUAAAACUGCCUCCUGGCGCUUGGCGAUGACUCCUGCUGUGCUGGAAGUCUGCAAGUGGAGACAGAGUCUGGGCAGCAUGGGCCAAGGCAGGACACACCUGGAGUCUCCAAGGCAAGGUGGUUUGCUUGCCUCAGGCAGCGCUUGCAGAAGCCCCAUUGAAAGAGCUGCAAAUUGUCCAGUUGUUUCAUUUUUAUGAUGGCCUGAAGGAGGGAUCAGAAUGUGUCAAGUUGUCUCUGGUAACAGAAUCUCCCAUGUUCAACAGGCCCAACCUGGGAGCUUAUCUGGGGUUCAGGAGGAGCACCCCCUGACCUGCUCUAGCCUCUCAGCAGAAAGAGGUGUCCCAGGCUGCAGUUCCCGCCUUCGGCCAGAGCUGUGGUGGUGGUGGUGGUGGUGGGGAACAGUGGCUACAGCCCUGCUUUGGUGGCCACCAAGUCCCGGGUUCAGGUUGUGCAGCAGAGUUGAGCCCUGGAGAGGAAAAAAGGCAGGGCAGGUGCAGAUCUGGGGCAGCUGAUGUUUCCUUUGGAGCAUGGCUUCACCCAGGCUGCUGGCACAGCAACAUUCCCCUCACUGCUGCUGCUGCUGCUGCUGCUGCACCCUCAGUGCUGCCUUCUGGCAGCAGUCUGGACACAGCUGUAGGCCAGUUGCAAUGACAGGGAUGAGUGCAAAGGAGGGGGCCUGGAUCUGCUGGCGGGGGGGGGGCAUCAAGGACAGGGGCAGUGGGGCAUUCUGCCUGCAGUGGCAAAUCCUCUUGGACUGACCCCAUCUCCUUCCCUUCCAGCCAUCUCCAUGAUUUGCGACAGUGAAUCACAUAAAUGGACCGGCCAAGGGAUCUCAUUCUGCACCAUCCAGUUCCCCAUUCUCCUCUGUGGUGUUCUUUCCCCAAAUACCUCUCCCCAGAAGUACCGCGUGAAGCAGCUGAAACUUUGCCUAAGAAGCUCUUUUCCCCCAAGCAGCCUAUGUUUGUUCUUUGCUUUUGGGACAGCAAUGGAUUCCCCCCCCCUUUUCUAAAUCCAUUCAGUCAGGUAGAAAAAUGUAAGGAAAGAACUGUAACUGCAUCUUCCCUCCCUCUUUUUAAGAUGUUGGCUGCCUGCAACAGGGCCUCUGAAACAUUCGCAGCUGGGGUUCAGUACUUGAGAAAAUUGGAUUUGAAUGCUGAUUCUGACACAGCUGAUCCCAAGCGAGCAGCUGAUAAAACAGAUUUUUAAGAGCUACUUAAAUGUUCCAUCUUGCGCAAGUUUUUUCUACAUAUAAGCAGUUCCAGGAGCAAACAGUGCUCCCAGUGCGACCGCUGUGUGAUGUUCCUUCUGGCCUGCAGUUUUCCAGCCAGCAAAGUAGUAGCUGGGUUGGCUUGGAUCGGCCUGACUGAUGUAGUGCCUGGACUGACCUGGGGAGAAAGGAAGUUCUUUCUGUUUGGAAGAUGAGCCAGAGAAGUACUUCCUUGCUAGAUUCGGGGAUUAAAAAAUGAUACCUUUUGGCCAUAAUGCAAGUCAGUGCCAGUUACUGGUUAUUCAAAGUGUCUCCAGAACUAGUAGAAUAUAUUCUGCACCUCCCUUAGAGUAUCAGUCUUUUUAGUUUAUUUAUGGAUUUAUAUCCACUUUCCUUCAAAUAUGGUUAAUAAAAAAGAAUAAUUCAUAUUCUAAAUAUUAAAAUAUCCAAAUAUUGUUGCUCAUAAUAUGAAUAAAAUGCAAGAGCAGCAGCAGAAUCAGUAAAAUAUACCAGAAGCUGGCAAAACCUCCAGUCACAAUAACAGAGAGUGAAUACUCUUAUGGGCCAAUGGGAUGCCAGUGGAUGGCUUAGAGAGCAGUACAGAGCAGCUUCCUGGAGCCCUCCAGAUGUUUUGGACUGCACUGGUUGGGGUAGAUGGGAGCCAUAGUCCAAAAUAUCUGGAAGGUACCAAAUUAGGUAGGGAAUGUUAGUAUAGCUCCUUAACAAAAAGGUGCCAGGUGGACAGACCAAGGGAGGGAGUGUCAUGGCAGGCCUCCAGUUUCCCACCUGGCAGACCUCUAAGCACCUGGAGAAACCUCUGAGGGAAAUCUUAACUGCCAAUGAGGUUCAUGUGGAGAAAUGCAGUUGUUUGAUCAGAGGGCGAUGAACCUUGGAUGUGGCCCUCCAGACUUCUCUGUCUGGCCCUCAGAGUUCUGCUCCUUGCUACACCUCUGCGUAGGGCUUCUCUGCGUCCUCCUCAAGUGCCUUUGUCUGGAUAGAAUGUGUCUUCGCACUGUGAUUGUGCCUGGUGCUUACCUGGAUGGAGGGAUGUGGCCAUCCGCAUGUGGGAACGCUCUGACUUUUCCUGUAAAGAAAUGGGCAAUAUUGUUGCUGCACCCGCUUCUGCCUCUAGCCCCACACACCACUGCGUGUCACUCCUAAAAGGUUGCCAAUGUGGCCUGAAAAAGGUCCCCCUGCCCUGCUUUAGAUCUUGCUACAUCCACCUGUUUUGGAUUGUUAGCCCUCAUUUCCUGAGUGGUGAGAAGGUCCAGGGUUUUGUUUUCUUUGGCGCCGAGAGAACAGUGGAAACUGAAGUGUCUUUGUAUUAUUUACAGCUAGUGAGCUUGCAAAAAGAUAGGAUUCCCAGAGCCCCCAAGCCUGCGUUAGAUUCCCAGAGCCCCUAAGCUUUCUAGGCAGCUCCAUCAGAACUCUCUACUCUCUUUAUAUUUAAGGUGCAAAACUGGUUCCAGGCCAUUGCUCUGCUCUCCCCUCUCACCAGCCAGAGGGUGCCACCUUCUCAAACAUUUACAAAACCCAGCUGUUGCAUCAAAUACAAUCAGCUUACAGAAAGGCAGCCUGUGACUUCCUUGGCCUGAAUUCAGACUUUCCAGGUGAAAGGGUUUUUUCUUCUCCCCCCCCCCAUCAAAUUUGGCAUAGUAUGAAACAGUGGAUGUGUUGUCCUGCUAGGCAGAGAACAUCAAAAGUGUUUCUUGCCCCCCACUUCCUAAAUUGCAGCUGACAGUUUUUAGUGCCAGAAGAUCCUGGGAGUUGCAUUAUUGGCCUCCAAAGUGUUCAGGCGCAUUACUUGACAGUAGAGGAAGCAAUUUGUUCCAACUAAUUUAUGAGGAAUAAGCUGUGGCCUGCCGAUCAGGGGCAUGUUGCUGCAAUGCCAGAUUUAGGGUGGUACGGGCACUCCCCCCACAGUGUGCAAAGCUGUGGGGGGCACAAAAUCAAGAAGACCCAUAAUAGAAAAGAUCUAUUUGGGGGCACCAAAUGUUGGCUUCGCACAGGGAGCCGUUACGAAAGACUACCCAAGUCUGCCCCUGGCUGCUGUCCCAGGGAUGAUAUAUCUGUUUUGCAAAGUGGACAGGUUUCUGGAAUGUCAAAAUAAUUCCAAGGAAGAGAGAAGCUUUCUUUGGUUGCAAAAUCCUGUGCAGAGGCAGUUCUUUUCUUCAACAAGGCACAGAUUGGUUUUGUGCAUUCGAAGAACAUUUGCUGCACCUUCCUAAGAGAUUAAUGGUUUCUGUUUCAUUUCUGACAAGACUGGCUGUAUUAAUAGCUGGAAUGUGAUACAUUAUUUGGACCAGAUGCCUUUGGGCUUGGAAAAAUUCUUUGAUCCUGACGAUGUCCCUGGUGAAACAGCUUCUUCCUCCCCACUUUAGGAUGUGAUUGUUAAGAAAACAGUACGUGAGCCAGUGUAAAAUUGAACUGAGUCCAACCACUAUUCCUAUCUUUUUAUUAUUUGAUGGGACCAUACAAAGUGGCUGUGCCUGUUUGUAUCUGAUUGGAAGAGGUCCAUGUCAAUAAAACUGCAGCCGUAGAUAACUUAAGAACUGUACAUUAAUCUGCAUUAGGCAUGCCCUCAAGAUUUACAACACAACACAGUGCACAAUAAUUUGUCUACUUUAUGCACUUACCACUCAAAAUUGAUAUUGUUAUGCCUCUGUUUUAUUUGCCAAACUAUUUUAAAUGCAUCAGCACACUGAAGAGUGAUAAAUAAAUGUCCCCUCUAAAUUAACACAUUACUGAAAUUUAGUGUGAUGAAUAAAAAGGGCAAAUUAAAACAGAAGGCCAUGUUUUAAAAAAAGGAAAAUUCCACAGCCAUUGGAUGAAAAGCUCAAGCUCCUAAUUCAGUUUCCGGCAUUAAAAAGAUAUUUGACACAGAUACCAAUGCUUGUGUGCCUGUGUUGCAUGUAAUAAAAGAAGGUUGGAGGUGGGGAAAAUGACUCCCAAACAGAUUCCCAAACCAAUAGUGUCUCACUGGCCAGAUUCCAGAAGAUGAUUAUUUCUAUUGCAAUAAAAGCCAUUGCUAGCACCUUAAAGAAUAACAGAUUCAUGACACAAUCAUAUUCACAGACUCAUAGAAUUGUAGGGUUGGAAGGGACCAUGAGGGUCAACUAGUCCAACAAUGCAGGAAUCUUUUGCCCAACGUGGGCAUGUUUACUUAAGUCUUAUGCUCAGGUGAGUGUGAAUUGAGUUGCAACCUUACUCUAUAGCAUUAACUUUCAUAGGAAGAGCUCACUUUGAUCUGUAGCAUUAAUUACCGGUAGAUGCUGAAGGUUCAGGAUGGGUGUUGCUUUAAAAUGUUAGAAAUUGAGAAUUCUCUUUAUUCUGGCCUUACUAGCUGUUGCUUUAAUAGUAUUAUGAUGUCAGCCCCCCAUACCCAGCCAAUAUAAAUUAUACAUUGUUUCUUUUUUACAAUCUUGCUUCAAAAUCUGUCAAAAUGGACAGAACAUUUUGUGGCUAUCCAAGGGUGCUGGAUCUGUCUGACUGCGAUUAGAUUGGAGGCACAGUUUCCGGUGUUGUCUUCUCUCAUAAUACCUGGAAGUUGGAGAUCUUGUGGGAGAUGUGAUUGUGCAGAACAAACAAAGGGAAGCUGGAAGUGUGGGGAAGUUCUGGGGAACUGAGAAAUGGAGGCUGGGAGCAGCAAAUGUCAUUUCCUGCAGUUGUUCGUUGUCCACCUGUGUUUUCCUGUGCAUUUUUGAGUUUCUGCUCUUCAUUCUGCAGCUGGGACAGGGCCUGAUGCUGUAGCUUGGCGUGUUCUGCUCUAAGCAUGGCCACAUGGUCUUCUCAGUGACGACUGUUGGCAAGCAGCAGCUGUGCCCUGGUUCCUCACCCUUCUGAAGCCUGAUAUGGGCAAAAUGUUGAGUUGCCCUUUGGCCACUCUUGCCCCAAGGUGGUCUUUGAUCAAGUGCCAAGAAGUGAGGCCUGCAUGGUGCCACAGAAGCACAUUGGCUACAGGAAGGGCCGUUUCCUAUUUUGUGCCACACGUAGUUGCUACAGCCUUACUUUCAUGGCCAGCUGACGCUCCUGUCUGACUUGGGAUGUGGAGUUAGGAGGUCACCAACUAGAAGAAGCGGAACAGCCAACUUUUGUUCAUGGAGCUCUAGAAUGCGUUCAUGGCAAAAUGGAAUAAGGCUGUAAGUGCACAUCCAGCAGGAAGUGGGAUCCUUCUUUCGGGCUUGUAUUACUUAAGAAGUGCAGCAGGUUUGCAUGUGUGAAUGGUUAAACCUUUUCAUCAUACGUGAAGUUGAUGGGCUAAAGCUAGGUUGGUGAAGGCAGCAUUACCUGACUUAGGGAAGGAGCUUUCAGCUUGGAAACAUGAGUGGACUCUCUGUAUGGUUUGGUUUGGGCUUGCUUCUUCAUGAAGAGGGGAGGAAGUGGGGCGUUUGGAAGCUGGGAAGAGGAUCUGGGCCUAGGGCAUCUGAGGGGACUUUCUCUCUCAACAUGUUCCCUCCACAGACUGAGAGUCCACCUGGGAAGGCCCUUCUCAGGUUAGGCCAGUGGCCUUUGCACUCACGGUAUUGUCCAGGAGUGGCUAACCCACAGUUUGGAAACCUGAUCCAGCACCCAUUUAUUCUGGCCCACCAAGACUCUAUUAAUUUUGACAGCACUGGCAAAGAAUAAUGUAGUAGUAGUAGUAGUAGUAGUAGUAGUAGUAAUGGCAUCACAGGCAAAGGCGAGGGCCCUGAUGAUGCAGAAUGAAAAUUGCUCCCUCCUGGGUCCUCGGAUUGAUUAUUUGCUGAGCAGAGAAGGGGUCCACCACUCAGCUGACAUGCAUGGAUCACAAAGUAUGCAUUAGAAUUCCUGAGAUGAGGAAGCUGUGUGUGCCUUUAAGAGUUUGUGAGAGAGGCUGUGGGGUGGUUAUAUCCACUGCCAGCAUCCAGCCCUUGGAGGUUUAACCAAGGGUGAAGGCAGCACUCAAGCCAAUGAAGGUUGGGCAAUCGUCGUGUUGCCCUUUGGAACUCCCUGCUUGAGGAGAUCGGCCAGCCUUGUUCUUCUCACUUCCCACUCCAGCCCAUUUCUGUUCAAGGACUGAACUCCCUUUUAACCACUGUAUGUGGUGGAUGCAUUCUGGAUUUUCCUCUGCAGUUGCCCAAUUGUCUUGGAUCAGCCCCAUAUGUCAGUGAAGAAAAUGAUGGUAUGAUGAAGAUGAAAGUGGCUCGUUUCCUCUACUCAUGUAUCUGUUUCUUUCCUCUUUGCAGUGCUUAAACCCAUGUGA